AUGCCUCAAGACCUCAAGAAAUUCGCGCCUCAGGCCCAGGCCACGAGGAAAGGCCCAUAUACCACCGAAGCAGCCGGCGCACAGCCAGUCGAGGGCGAGACCACACCGCGCCGCAACCUCGCCGCGAAAGAGGAGCUCAAGAUGGUCCCCUCGCCAGAAGUCACCACCAUGUACGAAGUCCUGCGCCAUGCCUCGAACAAGUUUGGCAACGCAAAGGCCGUCGGAUCGCGACGGAUCGUCAACAAGAUUGUCGAGACGAAGAAGAUCAAGAAGAUGGUCGACGGCAAGGAGCAGGAAGUCGACAAGAACUGGGAGUACUUUGAGCUGAGCUCAUACACAUACAAGAGCUUCGUCGAGUUUGAGAAGAUUGCUCUUGCUGCAGGUUCAGCCAUCCAGAAGCUUGGAUUCAAGCCUGAGGACCGGCUGCAUCUGUUUGCCGCGACGAGCAUGCAAUGGCUGGCUUCAGCGCACGGCGCCCUUUCGCAGUCUCUGGCUAUUGUCACGGCGUAUGACACGCUCGGCGAGGAGGGCCUCAAGCACUCGAUGCACCAGACCAAGGCCAAGCUGAUGUUCACCGACCCAGAGCUCCUGCCCAAGCUCAUCAACCCCUUCAAAGAGGCCAAGGACAUUGAGGUCGUCAUCUACGGCACCAAGAACGACCCGAACCCCCAGGACAUCGAGAAGCUGACCAGCGCCCACCCGCACUUGAAGGUCAUGAGCUUUGACGAGCUCAUCAAGCUGGGCGAGGAGAACCCUGCCGAGCCCAUUCCUCCCAAGGGCGAAGACCUGGCAUGUAUUAUGUACACUUCUGGAUCCACAGGAACACCAAAGGGUGUCAUGAUUAAGCACCGCAACGUCGUUGCUGCGAUUGCUGGUGUCGAUGUUAUUGUCGGCAAGUAUCUCGGACCCGGCGAUGUCCUCCUCGCAUACCUUCCCGCCGCCCACAUCCUCGAGUUUGUUUUCGAAAAUGCCGUGCUCUACUGGGGUGGAACUCUCGGAUAUGGCACUAUCCGCACACUGUCCGAUACUUCCGUACGCAACUGCGCUGGUGACAUCCGCGAGCUGAAGCCCACGGUCCUUGUCGGUGUUCCCCAGGUGUGGGAGACCGUAAAGAAGGGAAUCGUCAACAAAGUUAACUCAGGUGGUGCGAUCAAGAGCAACAUGUUCUGGGGCGCAUACGCAGCCAAGAACUUCCUGCUGGGCUCUGGCCUGCCAGGCAGUGGUCUUCUCGACACCAUUGUGUUCAACAAGGUCAAGGAGGCCACUGGAGGAAGGCUGCGAAUCUGCUUGAAUGGUGGAGGUCCCAUUUCCAAAGAGACCCAGCGCUUCAUCUCAGUCGCCAUCACACCCAUGAUUUCCGGCUACGGUCUCACUGAGACCUGCGCCAUGGGAGCCGUCAUGGACCCGCUCGCAUGGACCGACCAGGCCCUCGGUGAAAUGCCUGCCUGCGUUGAAAUGAAGCUCGUCGAUUUCGCCGACGCCGGCUACUUCGCCAAGAGCAACCCUCCCCAGGGUGAGAUUUGGAUCCGCGGCGGCGCCGUCGUCAGCGGCUACCUCGACAUGCCCGAAGAGACCGAAGAGAGCUUCACCAAAGACGGCUGGUUCAAGACAGGCGACAUUGGCGAAUUCGACUCCCUCGGUCAAAUCCGCAUCAUCGACCGCAAGAAGAACCUCGUCAAGACCUUGGCCGGCGAGUACAUUGCGCUCGAGAAACUCGAAUCGGUAUACCGCAGCGCGCCUAUCGUGGCCAACAUUUGUGUCUACGCUGCAGAGGAUCGCCAGAAACCUGUCGCUAUCAUUGUCCCGGCGGAGCCCGCGCUUAAGAAACUCGCGGCUGAGCAGGGCGUCAAGGGCGACCAUCUCGAGGAACUCGUGCACGACAAGAAACUCAACAAUGCGGUGUUGAAGCAGCUGCAGGAUGCGGGACGCAAGGGCGGACUUGCGGGCUUUGAGACGAUUGAAGGUGUCGUUAUGGCGGACGAGGAGUGGACGCCGCAGAAUGGUCUCACAACCGCCGCCCAAAAGCUGAACCGCAAGGGUAUAUUGCAGCAGUACCAAAAGGAAGUUGACCAGGCUUACGGCCGCUCAUAGACCUGUUCGGGCCUGGCACUAGGUAGUUGUGACAAUGCUGUGGCGGUAAUGCUUUGAAUAUCGAAGGAGGAAAAAUAAAUACCAGGAUAUCACUUAUGAAUGUGGAU